UUUUUUCCCUCCGGGAUUCAAACUCCGAUUCCGAUUGAGCGACGCGACGAGCUGAUUAGGGUUUCACGAUGGUUCGCGCGACGGUUCUAAAUGUCGGUGAUCAUGCCGGUGAAGGUGUGCCUAUUAACAAAGCUAAAGGAGAGAAAAUGGUUCUGGAACCUCCGAUGAACAGUGCACAAAGACGAAAAUUGGGGGAUAUUACUAAUUUGCAGAAUCAGAAGAAUCUAAUGAAUCAGGGAGCGAAGCAGCAGAAACAAGCUAUAUUAGUCUCUUCCAAAGAAAACGCUGAAAAUCUUCAAAAGGAAAACAUGAGACUGAUGAAAGUCGUCACUGAGAGAGAUGGAAUCAAAAGUGAGCUGAAGAAACUUAGGAUUGACUUUCAGAAGGUUCAAGAACAAAAUUUGCUACUUGCCCAGGCAAACGCUCGUAUCUUGGCGGAGUCCAAUACAAGCAAAGACCAACUGAAGGUACUUCAGCACGAACUUGGUUGCAAGAAUGGGUUAGUCAUGGCCAGGAAAUUACUGCUUAAGGAGCAAACCCUUCCAUGUACACAUCAUGCAACAAAAGUAAAGGCUCAUGCAAAUGCUUGUGGUGGGGCUUGCAGAACCUUUCAGCCAAAUGACGCAGAUCAUGAGAAUGCUUCAGAGAGCUCUAACGUUAACUCAUUGCAAAUAAAUGAGAAAGCCAACAAUAAAAGGAGAGUUUCUGGAAGGAAGAAUCCUACCAAUUCCGAAGUAUUAGAUAUUAUUGAUAGACUGGCAGAGACAUGUCCGACAGAAGACAACAUUGACAACAAGAAAUUGGUCUCAGAUGGUGACUAUGCUGCUGAUAAAAAGGAGGUUUUCCUCGACAAUGCCCAAAGCAAGAGGUAUUGUGCAGGAAGGCAGUCUGCCAGUUUUAAAACUCGAGCCACUGGCCAAACGGUAAACUUGCAAAAAGUGGUUGACACCAGAGAAAAUAAGGAGGAUGCAAGGGUUUCUUUGAAAAAGCAUCCUGACUGGGUAAAAUCUCAAGAACCUGAGCCAUCUGAAAACCCAUACGAGUCAAGCAGGUUCCCUUUGAGAAGGCGUUCUGCCCGGUUAAAAUCUCAAGAACCUGAGCCAUCUGAAAGCCUCCAUGAGUCAAUAGAGACAACCAGGAGGAAGAGGUCUGGGAUGUUCAAUAUCCAAGAGCUGGGCGUUAUUCAGAACUUGAAUGGUUUACAUGAUGAUCAAGAGAUUGCUGCAAAGGCCGGAUGCUCUGUGCGUGAACUGUCUACCGGGUCUAAACCCGAAGCAGUAGAACCACAUGACUCAAAACAGAUAACCGGGAAAAGCAGGGUAUCUUUGAGAAGACAGUCUGCGAGGUUUAAUUUCCAAGAGCUGUGCGUGACUGAAAACUUGAAUGGUCCACAUAAUGAUCAAACGAUUGCUGCAAAUGCCAGAUGCUGUGCAAGUGAACAGUCUAUCAGGUCUAAACACAAAGCAGUAGAACCACAUGACAUGAAAGAGACAAUCGGGAAAAGCAGAGUCUCUUCAAGAAGACAAUCUGCAAACAUUGAAACUCCGAGAGCCAUCAAAGAAUCCGCAGAUCCGCCUUUGCAUGAUGACAUUAUUGAGGAGUCUAGUCAUGUAUCAUCAUCGGUUUCAAUGGAGCUUAAAAGAGAAUCAAAGAACAAACCAACAUGCGAUGAAUCAGAGGAGAUGAGAAAAACAACUGUUGGAAGACCUUCAAGGCAAGCUGCUGAAAAAAUCAAAUCGUACAAGGAACCCUCACUUAAGGAGAAGAUGCGAGGGGGCUUCUGAGUCUCGCUAAGAUCGAAUAUCCUCUGGUCAGCCUCUUUUGUUUGAGAUUCUGCGACUUCACUUUUGUUCAAUGAGCUAUUUCUUGAUGCUGUAAUCACAAUGUAUAUUCGUAGUUGUGUUCUCUUCUUUUAGAUAGAGCUAGCGAGUGGUCUUGCUACUGUACAAGCACUAAGCGGAUUGGAAGGUUUAAUUCGGUUUGAUGGAGAACCUCUCUGUGUAAGAUUUUUACUCUGCUAAGUAAAAUCUUUCGGAAUCUCA